AUGGCACCCACUGUCCCCAACUACGUUGCUUUCAAUAUCCCAGUCCUGAAAGGCGGUUCGAACUGGGAUGAGUGGCAUGAAAAGUUCCUGCGGGUCACAUACUCCAUCAAUCCACUCUACUGGGAGAUCUUCGCUGGUAAAGUUGGUCCCCCAAACAACACUGACUGCAACCUCAAGAUGCACCCCCGUGAUGAUGCCGUGAACGACAAUUCCACAAUGAAUAGUUCCUUGCAACAGAAACUUGACCAUAGUCUGGAAAUUGAUGUCUCAGACAAGGAAGUCGGUGUACAGUAUGAUAUUGGCCUUGAACAAUGGAGUCGCUCCCUCUUCGAGGCUCGGGAAUAUCUGUUGUUUACUCUUGACCGAAAGCCUGCCAUGCAUAUUCAAGGUAUUCUCAACCCACGAGAGGCGUACCUGGAGUUGCAGAGGGCCUAUUCAACCCUCCAUGCUCAAUCCCCCGUUCAUGUCUGGCAGAAGUGGUUGGCCAUUCACUAUGAAGGUGCGCGAGAAUCUCCCAAAGACUUCGUCAACAGGUUCAAGAAAGCUCUGCAAGAGCUCAAGGAUCAGGGAAUUCGGGUGAGCCUGGGAGUUGAAAUUGCUCAGUUUCAAGCGGCCAUCAUGCAGGACCCCGAGUGCCUGCAUUUUGUGGACACUUUGCAUAUUGAUGCGCAGAGCUUCGUCGAGACACCGUCGGUCUAUGCCAACUUCAUUCAGAGCCAGACACAGAGCCAAAAAAGCCCCGUCUGA